UGUAAUUCCAAUUUUUAUCUACCCUACUUAAUUAUACAGAUUGUAAUAAUAAUUAUUAAAAUGUUUCUUCGCUUAUUUUCUGUAAUACUUUGUACAUUGAUGCUGUUCAUAGUUGCUAAUGCUGAAACAAAUUUCGAUAUUCUUAAAAGAAAUUUCAAAACAUGGAGUGACAAAUGUGUGGAAGCUAUGGUACAACGAACCAAUCGUGCAUGUCAUAAUUGGGGAACUGGAGAGGCGGCACUUGUUAAUUGUGCGAGUGCUGAAUCAAAUUUCGAUAUUCUUAAAAGAAAUUUUCCAGAAUGGAGUGAUAGAUGUGUGGAAGCUAUGGUACAACUUACCAAUCGUGCAUGUCAUAAUUGGGGAACUGGAGAGGCGGCACUUGUUAAUUGUGCGACAUCGUAUUAUGGAACACAUAAACCAACAGUGUGCCCGUAAUGGAAUAUAUUCUAACAGCAACAAUUAAAAUGAUUAUUAAAUUAAUAAAAUUUAUCUUUAUCCAUACUACGAAUGCAAAAAUUACAGUAUUUGCACAUAGAAAUGUGAUAUAAAAUCCCCAAAAAUUAUAUGAUUUUGAAAUUAUCAU